AUGCACGUACCGAUGAAUACCGUUGGCGCUACUCCAAAUGUUGGAAUGCAAAUGCCAGUGCCAGGCACUAUAAUGCAACAACAGUCACCACAACAAAUGCAAGUGCAACAACCCCAGCCAAUGCCACAACCAACCCAGCAGGACAAAAUGGAUAAUAUAUCUAAAGUAAAAACCCUUAUGGGCUCGCUUCGUGAGUCAAUACCAAUGACUCUCAAAUCUGCGGCACAAAUUCUACAUCAAAAUCAUAAUGUAGACUCAAAUUCACAAAAAGGUAUUGACAAUCCAGUGCCACGAUUUGACAAAAACUUAGAAGAAUUCUUCUCAAUAUGUGAUCAAAUGGAACUUCAUUUGCGUACGGCGAUAACAUGUAUCCAGCAAGCACAGUCAGCCGCUCAUUAUCUACCAUUAUCUGUGAUGCCAUCAAGACUCGACUCUGGACCAACCACACAAGAGACAACUUUAAGUUAUCCACAGUACUUGAACACAGUGAGGCUCCAGAUUUCAUACGCUAAGGAUAUCCAUGACACACUUGUCGCGGCCGCCCAGAAUAUCUCACCUACUGAAUGA